AUGGAGAGGCAGUGUGAGCACACAUACAAAGACACUCUGAAGAUGAAAUCAGACCACUGUGCUCGGGGUUGGAAGUUCUUCAGUGGGAAGUGUUACUACUUCUCUACUGAUGAGGAGACCUGGACUGCCAGUCAGGAUGCUUGUGUUGCUGCGGGAGGACAUUUGGUGAUUGUCAGCAGUUCAGGGGAGCAGAAUUUCUUAAAAAGAUCAAAGCCUGGUUCUGGAAGGGAGUUCUACUGGAUUGGUCUGACUGAUGCUGUGGUGGAGGGAGAAUGGCGCUGGUUAGAUGGUACAAAACUCAGUCAGACAUCGAGGUUCUGGGCUGGAACUGAGCCUGAUGACUGGAAAGGAGCUCAAAAUGCUCACCCUGAAGGAGAAGACUGUGCUGUAAUGGAGCUCAGCUCUGCCAGUUAUGGUUCACAGGAUGCAUUCUGUAACAAAGAUAACAGGAAACACAAGCGUGUCUGUGAGGCCAAAGCAGGAAUGUAAAACAUAGAGAUAGUAGAGAUGUUAAUUAUGGCAAUAACAUAAGAUGUAGGGAAAUGAAAUCUCAGGAUGAAUUUUCUUUGUAUUCGUUUGUGUCCCGCUUAUAUAUUUAUUUGUUUGUUUAAGUAUUCAGGCAUUGCUUCAUGUUCAUAUCUCUGUGUUGAUACAAACCAUAUGGUCAUCAAUGAGUUUAGGCUUGUUGAUGAUGCAAGAUGGCAUCUUUAGCUCGUUAGCAGUUUCAGUCUCAUAUGAUGAGCAGGAUGCUUUAAGAAGCACUGUGUAGUACUGAAAUGCAUUAGAUUGCUACUGUAACAAUUUAUCUUAUUGGUGUAAAUGUGGAGGUUAGAGCACUGUAAAGUGAAAUGUUGAUUUGUUCAUUAGUUCUAGAGUUUCUUUGUAUUUCUCACAGCUUUGAGACAAAGUGUGGGGGGGUUAUUCAAGGUAAAGCUUCAUCCAGAAUGAUUUUGGAAAGUGUAUUUGAUAAAAUCACCAUUAUAUAAUUCAGGUAUCAUACAGGUGUGUGAUGUUGCUUUUUUAAACUCAUAAUUAUUACAGUUGAAAAUAAUAAACAUCAAAAUCUGAAGAGAGUGUUGUGCAACACAUAA